AACGGUUAUUGUCUGGUCACUUCUCAGCGCCUGAGUCAUUGCGUGGUUUGUCUUGACUGUGUGACCACGGUGUGGCCAUGAGGGGAAUGAAACAUCUGCUGCUCCUGGCAGUGUUCGUGAUCCUGGCAAGAUGUCAGCAAAAGCCACAAGUUUCUAUGUCACCCACACUCAAGGAGAUCUACUCUGGGGACUUAUUUUUUCUGAGAUGUAACAACAGCGCAAGUGGGAGCACAGUGAAAUGGUACUUCAACGACAUGGAACAAACACUGACGACCGAAACCUGGAAGAUAGGCGUUGCCACACCCAAGCACUCAGGCUCUUAUCAAUGUGAGAGCAAUGGGCAAAAGAGUGACGCCUUCCCCAUCGACGUCUUGGAUUACGCUCCCAUUGCCUCACUCACCAUCAAGACAGGCCAGCCGGUGGUGCGGACGGAAGGUUCAGUCGUCCUGCAGCUUGACAACGAGGAUGGUCUGAAGGGAUGGAACUGCUGGUUCUAUCAGAAUGGGUUGACAAAGAUGAUUAAGUUGAGGUUGGCGAAAGAUAGUGUGAAUGUGGUCUUUCAUUCCCCCAAACUGACUGACCCGGAGACCAUUUUCUGGUGUUCUGAUACUGAAAAACUCAGGAGUAACCAAAUCAUAGUCAGGAUCUCAGUGAAGGACAUAUCGCUGGAAAUGUACCCUCUGCCUGCUGUGGUUGGGGAGAGUCUGACUCUGAAGUGCCUUGUCUGGGGCACAGAUCAAAUUAGCCGCGCAGUUUUCUACAAAGACAAUAAAAUCAUUCUGGAAAGUCCCAAUCCUAUCUACCAAAUCCCUAACGUGACAGAAUCUGCAAAGGGAAACUAUAAGUGUGAUGCCACCUACACACACAAGGGGAGCACUGCCGGGCCCCCAUACAUACGUGUCUCUGAUGUUCAAGAUGUGUUUGUCCAAGUGCCUCCUAUGAAGGCAGUUCUCUCUGCAAACGGUGGCUUGUCGUGCUCUUGUCCACUUUGUCCCGGUGGUAGCUCCUAUCGUUGGUACCACAAGACUGAUGGUCAGCUUUGGGCACUAAUGGAUUCCCGCCAAGGAUUCAUGAUGCCAAAAGCGAGUGGUACAUAUGCCUGUAGAGCCGUGUGGAACACCAGGAGGUCUUUACUCAGCAACGGUUAUGUUUUUUCAGAUCAACCUCCGAUCACAUCCAUUCUCAUAGGUGGGGCCGUCGUGCCGAUGAUUCUAGCCUUGGCAGUGGCUGUGGGUUUUUAUGUAUGUUAUAGGAAGAGAAAUACCACAGCACCAAUUUACGAGGAUAUACCGCUGAGAUCACGCGACAAAGGUGAUGACCAAUAUGAGAAGCUGCAGAAGGGUGCCCAAAGGGGGGGCGAGUAUGACACCCUUCAGCCAGAAGCACCAGGCAGACAGAAGAAAGACGGUGAAUAUGAAGCACUGAAGAAAGACGAAAUGACAGGCGGGGAGUACCACACCGUGAGACUAGCCGGGGCAGUUGGAGGAGAGGGAGGGUAUGAAGCACUGAAGAAAGAGGGAAUGACAGGCGGGGAGUACCACACCGUGAGAAUAGAGGGGGCAGUUGGAGGAGAGGGAGGGUAUGAAGCACUGAAGAAAGAGGGAAUGACAGGGGGGGAGUACCACACCGUGAAAAUAGAGGGGGCAGUUAGAGGAGAGGGAGGGUAUGAAGCACUGAAGAAAGAGGGAAUGAAAGAGGGGGUAUACCACUCCCUGGGGAUGCCAGGCGCAGGUGGAGGUGAGUGAGGAUAUGAAGCAGUAGGAAAGAAGGUCAAAGACUAUACUAAUAAAGUAUCUUAGAUAAUAAAAAUAGAUGACAGCCCAAAGUAAGGUUGUGAGAUUAUCAAUCAUGUGAUUGGCAGGGAGAAAAACUUUGACCUGACAAUAAAAAGCCAGUUAAAAAUGAGCAAGACUGCCAAAUAACACAAUAACAGCCUGUAUGUUGCAUAGUGCAGCAACUAGCAAUUGUUGCCAUUCAUUUGUAUUUAUAUGUAUCAUGUAAAUUAUAUAGAUUAUUCUGUAAAAUGUAAAUUGCCAUCACAAGUUGACAGAGCAGAAAAUUAUUAAUUUGUGACACAACAGUCAAAAACACCAAAUAUCAGCUCUGAUCUUGAUCAACUUAUUUUUUCAACUCAGAUAGUCACCAUACAUAUAUAUUCUCAUUCAUCAUACUGAUUUUUCACGACAAUGACAAUUUUUUUAAGGCUUUUUUUAAUGUGUAAAGUAGAUUGAGUGCUUGAUCAAACUAUCAAAAUAUGGGAAAGGGGGGAGCAAAUUUGUCUUGUUUUUGCAGCAAAAAAAAACUAAUUUGCGUAUGUCUCCUUGUAAAGUCAUACUCUCGUAGUUUCAUUUGUACAGAGAAUGGUCUCAUAAUUUGACUUUUGUGUCUUAAAAUGUAUUUGCCUUAUCAAUGCUUUUUGUGAUGUUCUAUUAUUUGUGCAGAGAAGAAGUGUCAUAAUAUUGUACAGGUUCUGAUUUUGUAUUCAAAUGUAAAAUCAUUUUAUAUUCCAGUGUGUGUGUGCUGAUCAGAUAUCCGCUUAAUUUGCAGAGCACAUACAGUACCUUGAGAGACAGAGAGUGUCAUUCCUGUUGUAUUUUAUGUGCUGAAAUAAAUCUAUUUUGAUUCAAUUUGA